CACACAGAGGCCGGAAGCAGUCUGGGAGCCCGGAAGUCGCUGGCUAUGGAGGGUCGCUCCGUGGACUGCGGGCCCUCUCAAGAGGGAUCGGGGGCGGAGGAGGCCGAGCCCCAGGGCGCCGGCUGGAGCGGGGACAGCGGUAAUGUGUCCCAGAGCCAGAGCAGCGCCUCGGGGCCGUGGGAGGAGGAGGGCUCGGAGUUGGGCGCGCCGAGCCGCGAUCUGCCGCUGCUGCGCCGCGCUGCCGCCGGCUACGCCGCCUGCCUGCUGCCCACCGCCGGAGCACGGCCGGAGGUGGAGGCCCUGGACGCGAGUUUGGAGGAGCUGCUCACCAGGGUGGACGAGUUCGUGGGCAUGCUGGACAUGCUGCGCGGCGACUCCUCCCACGUCGUCAGCGAGGGCGUGCCUCGCAUUUACGCUAAGGCCACCGAGAUGCGGCGGGUGUACGGCAAGAUCGACAGACUCGAAGCCUUUGUAGGCAUGGUCGGCGCCAGUGUGGCCAGAAUGGAAGAGCAGGUCGCCAGGGCGGAGGCCGAGCUGGGGUCUUUCCCCAGUACAUUCCGGAAACUCCUGCACACGAUUCCCGUGCCCUCCAUCUUCAACAAGGCGCCCCCUAGCGGGCCCCGGCAGACCCGCUACGAGCCCCCCGUCCUGUUUCGGACCGAGGACCACUUUCCCUGUUGCAGCGAAAGACCUCUGAUCUGAGUCGGCCGGACCACAUUUCGAGAAGACGCUGCCUUCUCAGAUUACCUCGAGUGUUACUCGAUUGAAAAUCCUGUUAGACAUAUGCCGGAGUGCGGAAUUUUAAAGUUGAUUGUUUGCGCACAGUUUCUCACUGUCUUCGUUAUUUCACGUUGAAUGUAUGCUUUCUAAAUGUCUUCCAAUUCUCACCUGAAAGUUGCUUGGUGGGAGCGAUAGAGCAGGCAGAGUGGAUGAAUUUAUGCGUUGUGGCAAAACUGUUAUUUUUAUGGAUUUUACGGCUCAACAAACAGUAUUACUUUUAAAAGAUUUAUAUAUUUAUAUAUUCUCUGGAAAACUACUGAGCCAUUAAAGCUUUGUUAUAAUUCGAUCCUAAUAGUGAUUCAGUUUUCUACAGCUUAUUCUUGUGGUAGGUUGUAAAUUACUUAACAUCCUAUUAAACUUGCCACAUGGAUUGUAAACCUAAGGAAAUUACACAAUUUCUGAGAAAACUUAUUGAAUUAUUCCAGCUAAUUCCGAAGUUGUAAUUGAAAAUAUGACCUCACAAUCUUAACUUGUUCAUAGCAAACAUGUCUAUAUAAGGUUGCCAAGGUUUGGUUUAUAAUUCAAAUAUUAAUAAAAAUUUUUAAAUUUUA